AUGUACACCACGCUCGCCGCCGCCCUCUCCCUGCUCUCGGUCGCCUCCGGCGCCGCCAUCGGCAUCCGGGACAACAACCCCGGCUGCCAGGCCGCCUCCAUGGGCGACUUUGAGUGGAAGAUCACCGGCUUCGACUACCACGCCUCGUACAUCUUCACCACGCCGGCCCACCAGAACUCGUGGGGCUACGUCAACUUCAACGUCAGCAACCCGGCCCUCGCCUACCACGCCACCUGCUCCGCGACCAGCAACCAGCUCUCCGACUUCUUCUACGGCACCGUCAACUACAAGUGCACCAACCCCGAGGGUACCCCGGCGUCCACUGUCACAACCUUUGCCUGGAACUACCCGGCCGGCAAGCUCGACCUGAACCAGACCUGGACCUGCAGCGACCUGGACCCCCAGUACCCUGCCCGCUUCAACGCCUACGGUACCACCCAGGUGCCCCAGGAGUGCAAGGACGUCACCGAGACGAACCCCGACUGGCAGAUGGGCCAGAUCUACUCCAGCCGCACUGUCACCUGUGACGUCGUCGACCUCACCAUCAAGCCCUACGAGAUGACCGCUGUCGCUUAA